AACCGUCGGUUAGGAAACAUGCUUUUGUAACGUAACCACCCAUAACAUCCAGCUCCGCCUAACGUAACAGCUUUUCCCUCGGCUUCAGCUUCCAAUGCAGCACCAGUCCACUGCCUGCUGACCGACAGAGCUUACGACAUGUUACUUUCAUCAUUACGGACCAGCAUCUUUUGCAGUUGCAGAAGUGCUGGAAAAAGCUUUCAACAGAGCGGCCAUCAUCGGGGUCCACAGCUACGACAAUGGCUCGUGAAGAGAGGGCAGAGCACCAUCACAGUAGAGGCGGGGGCCUCCUCCUCCUCGCCGGCCGCCGUCCCAAACGCAUCCACAAACCGCACACUAGGCCGCUGGUUACUGGGCUGCAGCGGGCUGGUGGUUGGGGCCGUUGUCCUGGGUGGUGUCACAAGGCUAACAGAAUCUGGGCUGUCGAUGGUGGACUGGCAUCUGGUGAGAGAGAUGAGGCCACCUCAGACAAAAGCAGAGUGGGAGGCCGAGUUUUCCAAGUACCAACAGUUCCCUGAAUUCAAAAUAAUGAACCAUGACAUGACUUUGCCAGAGUUUAAGUUCAUCUUCUACAUGGAGUGGGGUCAUCGUAUGUGGGGAAGGCUGGUUGGACUUGCGUACGUCCUCCCCACCGUUUAUUUCUGGAGGAAAGGAUACUUCACUCGCUCCAUGAAGGGAAAAGUUCUUGGGCUUUGCGGGUUUGUUUUCUUCCAGGGCCUUUUGGGGUGGUACAUGGUAAAAAGCGGUCUGGAGGAUAAGCCGGAGUCACAUGACAUCCCGCGGGUCAGCCAGUACCGUCUGAGUGCUCACCUUGGCUCCGCCCUGUUGCUUUACUGCGCCAGUCUCUGGACAGGACUCACGAUGCUGCUGCCUGCACACAAGCUUGCAGAAACCAAACACAUCACGCAGCUCCGGAGGUUUGCUAAGGGUACCGGCGGACUCGUCUUCCUCACUGCUCUUUCAGGUGCUUUUGUUGCUGGUUUGGAUGCUGGUCUGGUGUACAACUCCUUCCCUAAAAUGGGAGAGCGGUGGAUCCCGGACGAUCUGCUGGCUUUCUCCCCAGCCCUCAAGAAUGUCUUUGAAAAUCCCACGACUGUGCAGUUUGACCACAGAAUUCUGGCAAUUUCUACUAUGACUGCAAUUACAGGCCUGUAUCUGUUCUCGCGGAGGAUGCUGCUGCCCAGGAGGGCGAAGGUCGCCAUCAGCCUCCUCACGGCCAUGGCCUAUGGACAGGUUGCCCUCGGUAUCAGCACCUUGUUACUGUAUGUGCCCACUCCACUGGCAGCAGUUCACCAGUCUGGAUCCGUAGCUCUUCUCUCACUGGCCAUUUGGGUUCUGGCAGAGCUCCGCAAGAUGCCCAAGUAAAUGCCUACUGGUUUAUAGACGAAGCCAAUCCCUUCCAGCCACACCUCAAGCCUCUAAUAGCCAGCCGCCGCUUUGUGAUUAAGGUCCUCAGAAAACUGAAAAAAACAGGGCAUUAAAAAUGUAGAAAUGUUUUAACAUUUGACUGCAGAAUUACGUUGAAGCAUCUCUCCUGUAGUGCUGCAAUUUAGUCCUCAUGUGGUGACAUUGAAUUAUCUCAGGACUGUUAUUAAAGCAGUGCUGAUAAUUACAAGAAGCUGAAGCUGUCAGUGAAGGACUGUCUGAAGCAUGUUAUCAUCAGAAGACGACACGCUAAUGGGAUGUGUUUUGUUUAGCAAGAAAUCAAACACACACAGAAAAGAGGCGCAUUUAAAGUUUCAAUCCCGGUUUGAUAAAACUGCCACAGGAUUUGAGUGUAAAUGUACGGGUUAUAAAUUUGGUUUACAGCUA